AUGUCCGAGAAGCUGAAACGAUGCAGGAAGGCGCUGACGGCGGCCAUCGACCGGGCCUUCGAGGGGGCGGCCCAGGGGGGCUCCGUCCGGCAGGGCCUGGGGCUGGGGCCGGGGCUGGACGUCGCCCCGCCCGGCUUCUCGCUCCCCCUGCACCGGCUGCACUGCAGGAGGCAUCCGCCGGCACCCCCGGGGUCCCCCGAGAACGCGAACGCGGGCCCCGGCCUCGCCCCCAGCUACGGCCCGCUGAGCGCCAAGCCGCACGCCUCGUGCCCCCCACGGAGGCCUCUGGCCAGCAGGGAGAACGUGCUGCUGCACCCCUCCGUCGGGACCCCCGAGCCCCACUUCUGGAGAGCGGCGGGAGAUGGGGAGAGCUGGAGGAAGGACGGCCUAAGGAGAGAUAUGGAUAAAGAUUUGAAGGUUGAUUCAAAUAUGCCUCUCAGCAAUUCUAGUCAAGAGGUCGCAAAGGAUCUGCUUGAUAUGAUCGACCAUACAAACAUCCGAACUAUUGAAGAGCUGGCUGGAAAACUUGAAUUUGAAAAUGAAUUGAACCGUGUGUGUGGCCACUGUGAAGAUUCACCCUUCAAGGAUGAGGCGUGGGCACUGCUGGUGGAUGAGAGUCCACAGAAGGUCUUGGAGGCUGAGCCCAGGGGCCUCAAGCCGGCCUUCGAUGAUCACAACAUUGUGGAGACUGUGCUGGACUUGGAAGAAGACUACAAUUUGAUGACCUCUUUUAAGUACCAGAUUGACUAAGGGCUGUGGCCUCAGUGGGAUUCUUGGC